UUUCUCAGGGAUCUCGACUCAUUAGCGAUAAUGGGGUAAUUAAGGCUGGGUGAACUCCUUGCAGGUCAUUAGGCGUGUCCGGGGCGUAAGCGUCGUCUUCCUGCUGGUGUGGCUGGGUCUCGCGGGCGCCCAGGACGUCGUGCGGGCGCAGCAGCUGUCCCUCGAGGACCUCCCGCUCAUCUUCCUCCCCGUCAGCCGCGCCCGCAAGCUCUCCGUCGUGCCCGCGGUGCCCAGGCGGUUCACGGUGUCCCCCAUGCGCCCUCUGCCCUUCCAGGCCGCGGGGGAGGCGUCGGCGGAGGGGCGGGAGGCGGCGGGCAGGGUCCUGGGCGGGACCUCAUCGCCGACGACGCGGCAAGGCGGCGCCCAGGUCAUCCCGGCGCCCUUUUCCACCUCGGUCGUCACGACGUCCUCCUCGACCUCCUUCUCCCCGCCCUCGCCCUCGCCCUCGACGUCGCCUCCCGUAGAGACGUCCGGCGCCGUGACCAAGGUCCUCGUGACGCCGGCCACGCGGCACCCGAACCACCUCAGAGGCCCUGGCGCCGCCGCCCCCACGCCCGCCUUCUUCUCCAAGCCCACCAUCCGACGGGGCAGCACCAUCGCCACCAUCAGGUUCCGCGUCCCCGACAGGAAGCCCUCCCGAAGCCUCGACGGCCAGGACGGCGUGUUCCCGGCGCUGAUCGGCUUCGUCCACCGCCCCUCCAGACGCUCGACGAAGGAGGCGGACGCCCACGCCUUCGGGGGGCGCCUCCUCUCGUCGCCUAUCGGGCUCCUGUACGGCCUGUGGUGAGGAGGCCCGAAGGAGGCAGCGAGGUCAAAGGUCAUCACGGACUGGUCCUCGUCGUGGGUCAUCUUCCUCAAGAGAAGCUGAAAGGCGCGGGGGGUAGACUUGCAUUCCCUCUCC